UCGCAUCUCCACUCACCAAUCACAGACGGUGAGAGGAGGAAUAUGGGAGUUGUUAUUAAGGGCAUAUGACGUCAGCGGUAGUACGUAGCCGCUACCCAAAAACCGACGAUGGUUCUCAUCAAGGAAUACCGCGUGGUCUUGCCCUGUUCCGUUGAGGAGUAUCAAGUGGGCCAGUUGUACUCGGUUGCAGAGGCCAGUAAGAAUGAAACUGGCGGCGGAGAGGGCAUCGAGGUACUUAAGAAUGAACCCUAUGAGAAAGAGGGCGAGAAAGGACAGUACACGCACAAAAUCUACCAUCUGAAGAGUAAAGUCCCUGCAUUUGUCAAGAUGAUUGCUCCUGAGGGCUCCCUGGUUUUCCAUGAAAAGGCCUGGAAUGCUUACCCUUACUGCCGAACUAUUGUAACGAAUGAAUAUAUGAAAGAAGACUUCUUCAUUAAGAUUGAGACAUGGCAUAAACCUGACCUUGGCACCGUAGAAAACGUGCACCAGCUGGACGCGGCCACUUGGAAGACGGUGGAGGUGGUGCCCAUUGACAUCGCCGACGGAGAGCAGGUGGCCCCAGCCGACUACAAAGCCGAGGAAGAUCCGUCUCUGUUCAAGUCAGUCAAGACGUCUCGAGGGCCUCUUGGACCCAACUGGAAGAAGGAGCUGGUUAGUAAUGCUGACUGCCCUAGGAUGUGUGCCUACAAACUGGUCACAGUCAAGUUCAAGUGGUGGGGACUGCAGAACAAGGUAGAGAGCUUCAUUCACAAGCAAGAGAAGCGUAUCUUCACUAACUUCCAUCGCCAGUUGUUCUGUUGGAUUGACAAGUGGGUGGAGCUGACCAUGGAGGAUAUCAGGAGGAUGGAGGCGGAGACACAGAAAGAGCUGGAAGAGAUGCGUAGGAAAGGUUCUGUGCGAGGCACGAAGGCUUCAGACGAGUAGCUGCUCCAGGUGUAGGUCUGAGGGAGGCUGUCUUCGCAAACACGGUCAAGUAAGGGGAACCAGUGCUGCCGACGCUGAAUGAGAUUGAGAAGCGAUGAAGAGUGAAGGUGAUGAUGAAGAAUGCGAAGCGGGCUCCCUGCGUGCCAUCUUUCCUGAUUCAGGAUGUGGAGGAUGAGGGCUAUGUGCCAACUGAUCAAUAGACCAGCCCCCUGACCUACCUGCACCCAAUCAUAGAUGUUCUAUCCACAGAAUAAUUGAUUUGUAGUGACACGAUCCCAGCUGAUAAGGCUCCAGUUUAUUUUGAUCUCCUGGGCUAAAGACAAUAUCAAUGACUUUGUUAAAGCCACCACCACCACCACCACCAUGCUGUUGAAAGACCAACACCUCUACUCUCUCUGUAGAUUAUUACACAUUUUAUUGGUUGUUGAUAGAGGUGAAUCUUAUCAAAGCAUUCUAUUGGCAUGAUUCCAUUAUGGCAAGUCUUGGACGAAAGAGUUUGUUUCUCCAAUCAAAGAGGGUCCUUCCUCUGUUGCUUUGGCUGUUGUUUGCUUUCGUUUUGUACCCUUGAAUAUUUUCUCCAGAUCAUUCCUUUCCCUCUGCUCAUUCCUCAGUCCUUCUGGUUGCUCAGAACUCGGUGGGUUUUCCAUUACCUGGCGAUGGAGAGUCUGUCAGUGUGUUCUCCAUAUACAUGUCCCUUCCUGCCAUGGUGGUCAUUAAGAGAUUACUGACACUGUUGGCGCCUGUGCCCACCCUAAUCUGUCCCCCUCCCUUUACGUCUUAUACACACUGACAGUCUUGUCCACACAGGUACUUCAGUCUCACUGCCAUAGAAAUGAACACAAACACAUGCCCAUAAACACCAGCACAAAUACAGGCGUGCGCACGCACAUGCGCACAAUCACACACACGCAUGCACAAACACACACACACACACACGUAGGUGUGAAUGCUUCUGCAGUGACUGUUCUGUUCAAACCUAAAGCUGGGCAGAUCCAUGCAGGCUCCUUCAACUGAAGGGGAGUGGCUGUUGUUGGAGUGUUUAGUCUCACUGUUUCCCCAGCCCUCCCCAUCCUACACACACUCUUACGUCCCCGCAGAGAAAAUGCACUAAAAUACUGUCUCCAGUCUUAUUCACACACUGCUCACCCCACCUGGCUCUCCUCCCCACCUGGCUCUCCUCCCCACCAGGCUCUCCUCUCAGUAACCUGCCUGUCUUACUCCUAUGACUCUCUGGGUGUGUGUUCUGGUGCUGGUCGAAUCCUGCUGAGUAGGGGCAGCAGGUAGACAGAAACCCAGGCCAGGCCACCAAGCCAGGCCUCUACUCACUCAACACCUCACUGUGCCUUACUGUACCUCCAGUCUCUGAGCUGCCCCAGUCUGGGGGUCUGCCUCUGGGAGCUAGCUAGCACCGCCUUGCCUUUCAUUGUGGCUCCACAACCUCCAGCCAGGAACCACAACUGGGACAAUGAUCGGCAGGGUCUUCAUCCAUUGUAGACUGGGGAGAUGAGGCAUUAUCCAUUUGCAAUGACUUUAUUACUCCUGUGUUUUAACUGAAUGCCACCAUGUUUUCAAGGUCCUGAUACAUGGCACUGAUGUGUGUCACUUGGGCUGUGAUCUGGGGACGCCCCCCUACAGAGACACUGUGUUUUUGUAGACAGAUGAAGUCUCCAGCAGCCAGUCUGUGGGACAGGGCCAUGCUGAUUCUGGAAGGCUGCUGUGUUCAUGCUUUUGGGACAGUAAACAAUGAGUGCAUCUUACCUUGGCGUUCAACCUCAGCCAUUCUGCCUUUUUUAUAUAUACAUGUAUAUCAACAGUCAUGCUUGCAGCCGAGACAGAUGGAAUAUUUUUUAUGACGAGCUUAGUCUUGAUGGUAUAUUUUUUUAUAUUGUAUAAGCCUCACAGGGGGAUGUGAGAACCUUCUCAGUGAUGGGUUUAGUGCUCACCCAAAGAGUAUGAAUGGAUCUGGGUGAUAGAAUUCGUUUACAUGCUUUGUUCAACCCCUGGCUCUUACCUGACAAACACUUCCCAUGGGCAAUACGGCAAUACUGACCUGCACCCUGUUUAUACCUGCUGUUAACGCAUCCUUUGUCUGGAACUUGUCCAGAUUUUGACAAUUGAAUGAAUUCAGAUCAGAUUGUGAUCAAAUCUUAUUAAGUGUAAUCGGACAGGAUCAGGACAAAGGACCCGGGUAUGAACAGGGCUUUAAAAGGCCAACUGAACUCUUCCGACAUGAAAAGUCAAGGCCAUAACAGGACUGAUUAAGUCCAGUUUUCGUCAGUGACUGUGUAUGCAAACUGCAUCCUCUGUCUUACAUUGGAUGGAAAACAGAAAAACAGAAUCGACCCAGCUCUCAUAUCAGAGGACAUAAUGGUUUACCAUCUGUACUGUAGAGACAAUGAUAUGCUGAACGGACAGAGGGGAGGUAGUCCUUACAAAAAACUGUGUGAUCAUGAUUGAUAAUCUAUUGUUUAAGUUCUAGAAGUAAAAGUAAAUGUGCUUUUAAAAAAUGUCUGAUCAUCCAUUCAAAUUCAGGGGACAUGGUAGUGAAUGUUUUUCAUUUUGUUUAGCCUUUUCUGUCUGUAGGGUUUUGUGCUGUGGAAAGUACACAAUGUAACUAGCUAAAUACCUAAUAAAUUUCAACACAAAAUCAA